UGUGAAGAUUGAAGAAACAUUCAGAGUGAAACAAGAAGAUUCUGAGGAACAAACAGACCUGAUGCAGCUAAAAGAAGCAAGUGAAGUACUGAAUGAAAUGGAAGAGAAAGAUCAAUAUGAGAAACAUUGUGAUUUAAUAACUGGAGAAAAAUCUUUUAGUUGCUCACAGAUCGAAAAGGCUUCCUGUCAAAAGACAGGAUCUAAAAGUCAUUUCACCUGCCAACAGUGUGGAGAGAGUUUUGAUCAAUAUGGAUGCCUUAAAGUCCACAUGAGAAUUCACACCGGAGAGAAGCCUUUCUCCUGCCAGCAGUGUGGAAAAAGUUUCACUCAAAAAGCUAGCCUUAAAAUCCAUAUGAGAGUUCACACUGGAGAGAGUCCUUACACAUGCAAGCAGUGUGGACAAAGUUUUACUCAAUUAGGAGGCCUUAAAGUCCACAUGAGAAUUCACUCUGGAGAAAAGUCUUUCAACUGCCAACAUUGUGGAAAAAAAUUCUUUCGGAAAGGAUGCCUUACAAUCCACAUGAGGCUUCACACUGGAGAGAAACCUUACAUCUGCACACUGUGUGAAAAGAGUUUUACACAAAAACAAACCCUUGAUUCCCAUAUGAAAAUUCACACUGGAGAGAACUUAUACACCUGCAAAAUGUGUGAGAAGAGCUUCUCUCGAAAAGACGGUCUUAAGAAUCACAUGAGAAUUCACACUGGAGAAAAGCCGUUCGUAUGUGGUCACUGUGGAAAGGAAUUCAGACGUAAUGAAACACUUAAUGCCCACAUGAGAAUUCACACCGGAGAGAAGCCUUACACCUGCAAACUGUGUGGGAAGAGCUUCUCGCAAAAAGGAAAUCUUACAACCCACAUGAGAACUCACACUGGAGAGAAGCCAUUCGAAUGUGGUCAGUGUGGAAAAAGUUACAAAAUUAAAGUAAACCUUGAUUUACACAUGAGGAUUCACUCGAGAGAACUGUUUUAAAAGUCAGUGUGGAAGGAGUUUCAUAAAAGAAAAUCUUUCAAAAUAUGUAUCUGUGAAAUUAAAGCUAUAUUCACACUGCAACUAAAUGUGGGCAAAAUCUGACCGUCCACCUUCAAGAAUACUUGUUUUAUUUGCAUUCUUUAUGCUUUGACUUUAGAAAAGAGAAAGAAAAUAAAAAAAACUAUAGUCAAAUACUCUAUUCUGUAUAUUGACACCUCAAAAUCAAAAUAUUAGACUUGCUAUGAAAUGCCAAAAUAUGAAUGAAAGAUUGCACACAAAUGUUCAUAAACUAAAGAUUAAUUAAAUAAUGCAGGACAAUGUUCAUUAUUUCAUUUACUGAAAGAUUGCACAGAUAAGCAUAUGUUGUAAUUUUGAACUUGAUCAUGACUACUGUUGGGGCUCAUCUUAGAAAAUCUGGAAGCUGGUUUCAGGGCCAAAGUUAUCCAUCCCCGAUUACUCGAUGCCUAGGUUAAUCUGAAAUUGUUUUGCAAAGUGAAUUAUGCAUAGGAAAAACCUUAAAGACAUUGUUCUAAACAUGAACUUUAAGAUAUGCAAAUGAACCUCAUGCAAGAGAGGGGUGUUACAAUAUAUUCAGUUCCUGAAAUAUUCUGUUCCACUGGGUGGUGCUUACAUGAAUAUUCGUGAUAUCCUCCUAUUGUGGGCGUGUCCUUGAGACAACGUGCAAGCGAAUGGAACUGAAAAUAUUAGUACACGCUCCUCAAAUCGCAUCGGUUUAAUGGAUUAUUUCGAAAAGGUAAUAAAAUAUCCAAUGUUAAUCAACAGUUCACAUGUUCAAAACAAUUCAUAGUUUGUGUAGUAUGAUAAAUCGUCUGAGCUAAUUGAGUACAAGACAGGCAUUCAGAUAAACAGUUAAUGUAGGGAUACAGCAGAGCAAACAUGAGUGUAUAACCUUGUUUUACACUGAUGUGUUUUCUGUUUAGCUUUAUUUAUUUGAGGAUUUAGAAAGUUUUUGAAUAGUUUGUUUAGUCUGCUUCCUUCGUUGUCAUUUUGUGACUACAGUACUACAUAGUGUUGACAACUUGAAAUAAACCUCUACAAAUAUAUCUGUGUCCUAAUAAAAAUAAGCUAUAGACUGGUGUGAAUAUUCAAUGUCAAACUUAAUUUCUUGAUUAUUAUUCAAUCAAUAUUGGUGCACAUUGAGUUUUUCACUUUCAACUGUUUUUCCAGCAAAUUUCUUAACAUGUAAAUAUUUGUACAAACAAAAAGAUUCAACAACUGAGACAUAAACUGAACAAAUUUCACAGACGUUUGAUGACCAUCUGAGAGUCUGAUGUGGCACCAGCUGCUUUACAGAGCAUCUCAUCCUCAUUGACAGCACCAGAUUUGCAGCUCUUGCUGUGAGAUGUUACUCCACUCUUCCAUCAAGGAAUUUCACAUUCUCUAGCAUGUCUGGGGGGACUUACAGUUACAUGUGGUUUGGCACUGGAAGGACAAUCAGCUGUCCUUCUGUCUCCCUUUAGCACUGUCUCAUGCAUCUUACAUUACAGACAUUGCAGUUUAUUGCUGUGUUCACAUCUGCAGUCCUCUUGUCUCCUACAGCAGGACUAAGGCACGUUCACACAGGUGGUUAGAGACCCUGGGCAUCAUUAUUCUGCUGUUUUUCAGAGUCAGUAGAAAGGUUUCUUUAGUGUCCUAAGUUAUUGUAACUGACCUUGAUUAACCUAUAGGUGUAUGUGCAAUAAUUGUUAAAACCUUUUCUAAAGAUCUGUAAAGCUUAUUUGGAAUGCACAAAAUUUCUUUAAAAUAUUAUCCUGAAAAUUGUCUUUUCUUUAUUAUUGUUUAAAAAAAAAAAAAAAAAAAAAAUCCAGUUAGCCUAUAUAAAUAAUACAUUAAAUGUUAUAACAAGUACAGAAGUUAUUACUCUAUGAAUGUAACUCAAAUUGAAAAGACAUUUUAAAAAUUCAAAACAAUGUAUGAAAUGAAGCAAUAAGCUUGUGAGGUAAAUAUUAAAACAGGGCCUUGACACUCGGGAACAGCCUUCAUGCAUGUCCAGAUCACACACUGCCAGAGCUCUCCAAGACUUCAGCUUUCACAUCCAGUCUGAAACAGACAGUGACUUUACAAGAUGAUGAGAAUAAUGUGGAAAAUCACAAAAGCAAAACAAAACCAUAUUAUGACAUUGGUGAUAAUAACAAAUAUAACGUCAUCUUGUAAAGUAGCUGUCUAUUUUUUCUGUGUAUUUGUGCUGUAUUACCUCAGAAAUAAAUUAUAUUAUCAGAAUUAUUUUA